CUCUUAUUUUUAUUUUCUUUUGACUUUAUGACUGAUUUGCAUCCGAAUAAUAACGGAUUCAAUACUAUCGAUUGGUUAGAUCGUCAUAAUAUGAAUUCCUCCAAUACUACCACCACUUCUUAUUCAACUCAACAACAAUCAUUUAACAACAAUAAUGAAAAUGAAGUUGGUAAUCGAUAUCAAACUUACUAUGCUCACCAGUUGCCACCCAUCAACUCUAUUUCAUCUUCAAAUAAUUCAUCUGUUGCACAACUGAACCAUGAACCUAUUCAUAUGAAUGAUGAUGAUAAAAAACAACAACAACAACUUGUUUCUUGGGAUUUACCAUCGACCACUACAACUACUGACUCUACUGUAUCAACAUCUUCGUCUUAUACUUAUCAUCCACCAUCUACCACAACCCCUUCUCCUUCUGUUUCCGGUGAAAAAUCUGUAUCGACCACUAGCACCAAGAAACAACGUAUCCCUUGUACGAAGGAUAUUCACGUGGAAAAGAACACUGAAGGCAAACCACCUUAUUCAUAUGCUACUCUCAUCAAAUAUGCUAUUGAAAAUAGUCCAGAAAAUAAGUUGACUCUUAGUGAAAUCUAUCAAUGGGUGAUUGAUCAUUAUCCCUAUUAUGGCACAGCUGGCACUGGUUGGAAGAACUCUAUUCGUCACAAUUUGUCUUUGAACAAAAGCUUUGUUCGUGUACCUCGACCUAUCAACGAACCAGGAAAAGGAUCUUAUUGGAUGGUUGAUUAUCGAUCUGCUGAAUCAGAACAAAGAACUCGACAUAGUCUAUCUGGUACAUCUUCAUCAUCAGCGACAUCAUCAAGACGAAGUAAUCGUUCUGGAAGUGACCCUGCUAAUGCACCUUAUCGCCCUGAAUGGUCCACAUCUUCUGCGUCUUCUACAUCCUCUCUAAGCCGGCGUGCGUAUCGUGACACACGAUCUCUUUCAAUGGAUGCAGCUACUUUAUCCAAAAAUCUCAAUGGAGUUGGUCUAGGUACUUCUACAAGUGUUAAUGGGUAUGGAUCUAUCAAUACUACAAAUGGAAGUUAUUAUGGGAAUGCAUAUGCUUAUGGUCGUCAAUUUGCCACCAAUCAUCAUCAUCAUCAUCAUCAUCGUCCAUCAAGUACACAUAAUGCUCUUCGAAAUAGUGGUUAUGUUCCAGGUUAUGAAAUGUACAUGGAUAAUAUCACUAAUCCAUCUCAAUAUCAACAACAACAACAACAACAACAACAUCAUCAUCAUCAUCAUUCUACCAACAAUCAGCAAGUACAACAACAUCAUCAGCAACAAUUAAUGAAGCAAGCUAAUUACUCUUUAUAUGAUAACAGCAAUCAUCAUCACAUGUAUUACAGCUAUGGAAAUGGUCAAUCAUCAGCAUCUAUGAUGGAUAAAUCAGCCGAUCCAACCAAGUCUGGUAACCAAGCGACAGUUUACACCACAUUUUCUCCUACACCAUCAAGUCAACUCUCAUCUCCAUCUGGUGCUUCAGUCACUUUACAACAUCAUCCCACUUCUCAUGAUCAAUCUACUGUGAUGGAGGAUAUUACAACAACAACCACUGUUUCCACUCCUGUUCCUGAUAAUGGUUCGCCUCCUACAUCAACGCCUGGUGAAUUUAAUACAACAUCAUCAUUCAGAAAACAAUCUACAGCACCAACAACUGCAUCCAAUACAAUCAUGGAUUCUUCAGCAUGUUUUUAUCAACCAUCUCAUCAAGAUCCAACACUGAAAUCCGUCAAGUCCAUCAAAGAUGAAGAUGGUGUUACAUCGGGUCAAUUUGAUUGGGAAACCGUAUUAUAAAGAGAUAGUUAUCUUUUUGUGUUCCCCUCCUCUUUGUCUUUAUAUAUCAUCCCGCCCUUUUUUUUUUAUAUAGAUGUUUUUUGUGACAUAUGUAUAUUUCUCCCCCCCCUUUUUUUUCAUAUAUCUUGUUGAUUCCCCUUUUUUUUUUAUUUUAGUCUUACUUUCGUUUACGUAUAUAUCUUUUUCUUUUCUUUUUUCUUUUUUUUUUUUGUUAUAUAUUCUUC